AUGGCGGACAUACAGCAGGAGCAGGCUUCGUCGCCUGCUUGGCCAUCGCCACAAAAUGCGCAGUCAUACAGCCUAGGAGGAGCCUUUGCAUCGACAAGAGAUACUUUGUUGGCUUCCGAAGAUGCGGUCGACCCCGAUGACGACUUGGCAGGAUGCAUCGAGCAAGCCGUUGCAGCAUAUCUACAGAAUCCGGGGGAUGCCAUACCCGAGGAACUCUUGCAAGAAGGGGUUGCAGAAGAGGAGGCAGCCACCUGGAGUCCUGCGUUUGACGAGGAUGUGAGCUUGCAGCACCUGCAGCUCCAGCAAGAGAUACUUCAACAUCAGAUGCGUCAGAAUCAGCUUCAGGCGCUGCAGGUCUUGGGAUACCCAGGCGCGCUCGCACAGGCCCAGCUCGCCACUGCGCAGCGGGAUGCCAGGAGCUUACCCCAACAGGCAAUGUUCUUCAACGCACCUGGAGCGACCGCGGCGCAGGCCAUGAAGGGCGGGCUGCUGACUACACCUCUCGAGCAGGGGGCCGAGUGGAGACCAUCUCCACCUCCUGGAAUUCCUCCGCCAACUCAGGUUGCAUCCGAGGGCACCCAUGACAUGUAUUCGCCGUCCACACCUGGCAAGGAGGUCGCGCUCCCCGAAGUAGCCCAGAAGGCUUCAGCCCGUCGCUCUCGGAGAGGAAAGCUCGAAGCCGCAUCGGACUCCAGUCGUUACUGGUGCAGCUUCCAUCUCCUGCAGGUUUACGCCCAGUAUGCGGUGGUACCUGCAAUGAUUGGCAAGAGAGGAAUUAACACCAGGACAAUCUUUGACAAGACCGGUGCGAAAAUACGUGUUCGAGGACGAGGAAGUGGACACAUGGAGUCUCAGACAGGCAUGGAGGCGCCAGCUGGUCUCAUGGUCACGGUCUCCUCGAAUCGCUCCGACUGGAGCGGCUUUGCUGAAGCAGUGAAGCUGACCGGAGAGCUCAUCGACCGAGUGCAGAACCAGAUGUACGAGAAAAUGGGUCGAUCUUUGGGAGAGCUUUGUUUUGAAGUUGCACUCCAUGAUGGCGGCGUCUACCGCCUGAAAGAGGGAAAGCUGGUGACGGAGGAUGGAGAGCAGCUGCAGCUGGUGAAGCAUGCAUGA